UAGAUGAUAAUAAUUCCAAUAAAUUGACUAGAUGUCCUAGAGUUGUCAGCAUUGUGUGUGACAGUCAUGAAGCUCCUAGUUCUUCUUCUUCCUUUAGUGGCACUGUGCAGUGGUGCACCAAAACCCUUAAUCCCGGGUGACAAUAGUCACUACGUGGAGGGUGUCAGCCGCUAUAUAUGGAUGCCCGAUGGUGAAGGUGUACCACACCUGGUGGACUUAGAGGAACCAGUUGACGAAGAAUUAUCGAACUCUAGGAAUGGCGCUAACAACCGAUACUGGCUCUACACUAGACGCAAUCCCACGAAUUCGCAAAUUAUUACCAACGGUAAUGCAAACUCUGUGCGUAACUCCAACUACAACGGUAACCGACCCUUAAAAGUUAUCGUCCACGGCUGGAACAGUGAUGGAAACUCUAAAGUUAACCCUCUCGUCACCGCCGCUUUCCUCGCCGUCCAGGAUUGCAAUGUUAUCGUCGUUGACUGGCGACGACUUGCUAAUUCUAACUACGUGACCGCUUCGAACGGUGUCCGUGGUGUUGGAGAAUUCCUUGGCAACUUCUUGACAUGGCUUCUUAGCACGGGUGGUGGUAACUGGGACAACGUGCACUUGGUCGGCUUCAGUUUGGGUGCCCAUGUUGUCGGCAACGUCAGGCGUACUGCCGGCGGCAGACCCAGACGUGUCACUGGUCUAGACCCUGCUGGCCCCAGAUUUGGUGGCAAUUCGAACGCCUUAAACAGGAACGGAGGCCGUUACGUUGAGACCAUCCACACGGACGGUGGACUUCUUGGCAUCUUUGAUCCCAUAGCUCAUUGCGAUUUCUACCCCAACGGCGGCAGGAACCGACAACCAGGCUGCUCGAACAGCUCUUGUUCCCACAGCCGUGCAUACGAGCUCUUUGCUUCCACCGUACGCACUAACCAUUUGGUUGGAAGACGCUGCAAUAAUUUAAAUGACGCACAAAACAACCGCUGCACUGGUGGAAACCUUAACAUGGGCAACGGCAUAAUAAACAAAUCUGGAACCAAUGGACUUUACGGCCUCACAACGCGUGCUGCUUUCCCCUUCUAAACCAACGAAAAUUAUCAAAUAAAUGAUCAUAAAUGAA